CCACGAGACCUUGCUUGCCUUUUGCGUUCCCACAGAAGAAUCAGUGACGAGCAGAAAGCGGACAUUAUAGAGAUGCAAAGUGUUGGAAUCCGGAAACACAAAAUCAUGGAUGUGUUGUGCAUGCAGUCCGGUGGAUAUGACCAUGUUGGAUGCAUGCUGAGGGACAUCUAUAACUUCUGUCAUCGCUACAAGUAGGAAACAGUCGCUGCCGGUGAUGCUCAGACGGUGAUCCGUCACAUGAUGGCGCGGCAAGAGAGAGACCCAGAUUAUUUCUUCAAAUACUUGGUUGAUAAAGAUGGGCAUCUGAAGGGAUUGUUCUGGUCCGAUACUCAAUCCCGCCUUGACUACGAGGCUUUCGGCGAUGUUGUGGUUUUUGAUAGCACAUACAGGACCAAUAAGUACAAUAUGCCGUUUGUUCCGUUUGUCGGGUUGAAUCACCACCGCAGCACAGUUAUCUUUGGAUGCGGGAUAAUUUCUCAUGAAACUAACGAGGCGUACGAGUGGAUGUUGCGGACAUUUUCUGAAGCCAUGUCGCAGAAGCAUCCGAUAUCUGUAAUCACUGACGGGGACCUUGCAAUGCAAAGAGCGAUUAGGGUGGUGUGGCCUGACUCAUACCACAUGCUGUGCGUAUGGCACAUUCAGCAGAACAUCGUACUCCAUCUGCAUGAUGAUGAGGUUAGGGAAGAAUUCAGAUCUUUCAUAUAUGACUCGUCUUCUAUUGAAGAGCAUGAGAGAAAAUGGAUAGAGUUCUUACAAAGGAAUGAAGUGACAAGUGAGGAGUCGUGGUUGCAUCAGAUGUAUCAGAUGAGGAAGUUGUGGUGUGCUCCAUACCUGGUGGGGCGCUGUUUCUUAGGAUUGAGCAGCAAUCAGCGGAGUGAGAGCCUAAACUCCAUGCUACAUACACAUCUUGAGGGUAAGAUGACCUUGUUUGAUAUGUUAGAGCACUAUGAGCGUUGCCUUUCGGGACGACGCUUGAACGAGGCGAUCCUAGACAUCGUGGCCUUGCAGUCCAUUCCAUUUACAGACGCUGAUGCUUCAAGUCUCGAGAAACAUGCUGCCCGGGUUUUCACGCCUUGUAUGUUUCAGUUGGUCAGAUGGAGCAUAAAUGCUGUCAGCAAAUGUGUUAUCAGCGAGAUACUAGAUGCAUGGGAGUUGACUACAUAUGUUGUGGCUAAGAUCGAUAGAAGAGAGAAGAAGUUUGAAGUGCGCUGUGAGAUGAAGGAAGGUUCUUUGUAUAGGAUAAGUUGUUCUUGUCGUAAGCUGGAAUGCUUGGGAACACCAUGCUCUCACAUAUUCUACAUCUUGGGAAUACGUCAAGUGGAAGUGCUGCCUAGGUGUUGUGUUCCCAUGAGGUGGACGAUGAGUGCGAAGUCUGCAUUCCCUCCGACCAGAAAGAGUGAGAUGUACGACUAUUUGGCAAGCCUUGUGAGGUACCGUGAGUUGCGGAAUUUGAGUCACGCAGCAUGUUUCCGGGCAUGUCAAUCUAGUGAGGAGUAUCAGCGUCUGAAGAUGAUUCUGAGUGAACAAGAUGGCAGCAAGGAAUCAAGCCGUGGUCAGGAGGAAUGCAUUAGGUUUGGUCCGGUGCUACCACAGACGACGGAAAUUGAUUGUGGAGAUUUGGAAAAGGUUCUGGACCCAGUGCAUGUGCAAGGCCGAGGUGCACCGAAGAAAAGGUUGCAGGCAAAGAUGAAGAAGCAAAGGUCAAAGAGGAAAUGUGGCUACUGUGGGGUGGAAGGUCAUGAUCGGCGUACAUGCAAUAAAUUGAAAGAGGAAAUGAUGGCAGCAAACUGCUAGCUACAACUCUCUGUACAAGGCCAUUGGCAAAAUGGACGCAGCUGCUGAGCCUCAAGAGAGUGAUGUUGUGUUGGUGGCGAAGUGGCCCAACCGCCUCUAUCCUAUGUGAGCAUUACAAUGACCACCUGAUGGAAACGACCCUCCCAAAUGAUAACCUGGGAGGUCCUUUGUCCAGAAUUAAUUGGCCGGUCUAUCUGUUUUUGGCAAACCUGCCAUUUUAGUGCAAGUUUCACAAAUUAUGCAUGAUUUUUAGGUUGUUUG